AUGCCGUCGUGAGUAUUCUGAACAGCACGUCGGCGAAGAGCAUGCUGAGGGACGCCAUGGCAAACUUCAAACGCAAAGGAGGUCAGAACAUCGUCAGUUUCCUGGAAUCCAUCAUCAACGGACAAGGAGACGUCGACCUCCAAGCCAACACCACAGCCGGCGCAGAAGGCGACGACGAAGACGACGAAUUGAACUUUUUCGACGUCUUCGGUGAUGUGGGAGAUUCCCAGUCAGAUCCCAAGGAGGAAGAAGAUGCAGGCGAGGUUAUGGAAGGGCUGAGUUUCUUGGAAAUCUUUGGCUUCGCUGACGAAACUGCGGAAGUCGCCGAAGUUCUGGAGCUUCAGACGGACGACGGCGCGUCUGAGACCGUUUCGACGAGUAUCUUGCUUGAAGUACUCCGCAAUGAAGACUUCACGACACCGACUAACGUUUUCUCCUUGGAAAACGUUACGAGCGAGAAAACGAUGGAAGAAAACGCUCAGAUAACAGAGGGCGCUAGCUAUGAGCUCCAAGAGAACGCCACUACAAUGGUUUCGCUCGUAGAGGCUCUCGCGGAAGGCAACAUCACUUCGACGAGACCUACGAAGUUAGUGACACCUUCUUCAGCAGUAACUGAACCAGAGGACGUACAGACAUCUUCAACAAACGCAUCUCUACUGAACGGACAGAAAGUUAUGAGAAAGAAGCGAAGCGAGUUCACUGAUGUGAUGCGUCGCUAUAAUGAGAUUCUAGAAUCUUUCACUCUCGAACAACUCUCUCGCCACGGCCUCGCCAUCAGGGAGACGCUCCUGCUCCUGAAAGAGUUGGUUUUAUCCAGCCGGCGAAGAAACAUCAGAGGUGCAGCCAAGAAGAUCCCCACCCUGGCAGGAACGAGGCGCGAGAAGGGCAAGUGUCGAGUGUUCAAUCUGUCCUGCACGGAGCUCCCCCCCCUCAACGCGUGCAGGGGGGUGUCCCUCGGCGGCUGUCUCUCACGCAGUAAAUUGUACCUGUUCAUGAUGCCACGAUAUAUGUUGGCCGUGUACAUUUUGUCGGUGGCCGUUCUCUCCAUCGGGUCCAUGGUGACUGCGUUCGAAAUCUACAGGAACGUGACCAACCGGCGCAUAAACCCGGUCGUACAGGAGAACGCGGUCGAAGGAGGCACGGAGAUGACGCCCAACAACAACCCUAUGAACGGGAACUAAGGCUGGUCGGGUUCCUUUGGCAGGGGAAAGG